GAUACUUGUCGGGAGCAGCGUCGUAGUCUCGUCCCUGAACGAAGAACCGUCCCUGAAGAACCGGACCGUGAUGGCGGCUCCUCGGCGGCUCCGUCCUGCUUCUCGUCCCGGUCCAGCGGAGGUCGGAUGGUCGCCCGCGUCCCAGUGCUCCCUGUGAAGACGCCAUCCCUCUAGGUUGCUUCCCUGGCCUUGCUGCUCACCCACAAUGCAUUGCCAGAGGCUUCUGUGUGUCUCCAACACGCCGCUGUAACGUUGCCAACACUCCAUCUUUAGCAGUUCGCAGUUUCGUAGCAGAAAGGUCCUGUCCUGGUUGGACCUGUUCAUUGUCUUUCUGAAAGCAUGUCUGGCUCAGGGGAUUUACCAGCCAUUGAGGGUUCCGGGAUGGGCGGGAUGAGGCUUCCCAUCGGGAUGACCCGACGGGCCCUCAGCUACGAUGACAACCUGGAGGCCCCCAUGUCCACGCCCCCCAAUGACAUCAGUAUCAACAACCUGUGGAGACGACCCAUCAUCCCGGAGAGGAAGUUCUCACAGCUGGCUGAGGAGGAUGAGAGCGGUGCAGUGAGUCAGCCUACGUUGCCGGACAGCGCCCUCACCAGGUCACCGGGCGUAGUGAAAACCAAGGCCUCUUCCGUCAUCAUGCAUUCCCUCAUCACCAAGCAGACCCAGGAUAGUGUGUACAGGUUUGAGCAGAGGGCGGGCCUCACCGACAGCAGCUACACGCCCCACAAGGGCCUCACCGCGGAGGAGACGAGGCUCCACCACCGCAUGCCCGAAUCCCUCCAGAAACUACAGAUCCAGAGUAUGGAGGCAAGAGAAGAGCGGCCGAACUCCUCGGCCCAGUCCACUCCAUCCAACACGCCUCACAACUCCCCAAAACGUGAACGCAGGAGCUGGUUUGGGAGUUCGGGGUCAGAGGUCAGUAUGAGCUCCUCCAACAGCAGCAUGGACAUGGGAGGAGAAACGGGCGUAGGCACGGUGGAGAAGUGGAGCGUGUUCACGACUCGUCCCUUCAUCCACAAGUCGACCUCUGACCUGGGAUCAGAUUCGUCACCUGCAGCAGGCUUUGCUCUGCAGGCGUACCGUGGCGCCCAGAAGCCGACCCCCAUGGAGGUGAUGAAGUCCCAGGCCACGCGGAUGACCGACGGCACCGACCCUCAGAAGGUGGCUCCUCCCAAGAUGGAGAUCCCCACGGUGGAAGGUCGUCGGCAGGGAGCGCGACCUCACAAGCUCAAACCCAGAGACAUGAACGUCCUGACGCCCUCUGGCUUCUGAGUCUGUGGAAGCCGCUUAAGGUCCCAUGAAAUAAAAACCUCACCGUGUUGUUACCAGGUAUCUCUGAACCCACAGUCACACCAUCCACCAUCUUACUACGACUACAGCAACACUGCUCGUUUUAAUAGUUUUAUACAUCGUUCCUGUUAGCAUGACACAGCGUAUUCACCACGGUAAAGAUCUGGGAACGCAGUGACGUCGCUAAAGAGAUGUUACGAAACCAUUGUGACCGCUGGAGUCUUGAAUACGUUACACGUUGCUUCCCUUUUGUAAAUAAUUUCUAAAUUAGUGACAUAAACUCGCAUAAAAGUUGCGAGAAAAGUAAAAGAAGUAAUUUCCCGGGAAAAGAAAAUUGCACUUUCACCUUGGUGACACUAAUAUACUUUAAAGAUGUGGCAUCAGAUCAAUACAUUUGUGUGCUGGUCGAUACCAGAGCAUCACAGUGGUCUUUUAUACAUUAAAGACUAUCUCAUGGGACCUUUAGCAGCAGCACCAGACAAACACGGAGCUGUCCAACAUCUUCACAGCUUUCCCAUCCGCGCUGCUUUGACGUAGUUACUGUGCUGCUUAGCUGUAAAAUCAAACAUUUCUCUUACUCGUCACUCUUCUAACUGUUACAUGUGUCUGCUGCAUGUUGACGUCAACUGAAAAUACUGAACCGAACCCCCCCCGAGUCCAAACGACACGGAGGGGUACUGUCGGAUUUAUUCCCUGAGAAAAAGUCGAGCUGAGGUUGAAGAUGAUUCUCUGUAAAACGCACUUUAUUCCCACUCGGCCCGACUCAAACCUGCUCUCCUGUUACUCUGCAAACCAACAUGUUGCUGUUGGUUUAACAUCUGAUCCCAAAAACCUCUCGUUCCUGUUCUCAAAGGGUUCAUCUCACUAAGCAGAGAGGAGACCAGAAGCAAAACCAAUUCCUUCAGUGUAGAUUCAUAGUUGAAAAGAACAAAAAAAUACAGAAAAAAAAAAUCGUUUGACUCAGGUAAUUUGGCAGGUUGCUGCUCACUGAAACGUUUCCACUGAUUUGUUUUGUGUUACAGUUCAUCUCUAAUAAUGUUUUAAUGUAUAGAUUUUUUUUUUUUUUUUUACCUGCCACUGAACUUACUUUUAGUUUUUCGGGAUCAGAAGGAGAAAAAAGUUCCCACCUGGUGUGUGAAUUUGUAAAAGUCAAGUUGACGAGCUGCUUCCUUAAAUAAUGCAAAUGAAGAAGAGGGUUUGAAGUAGAGUCCAACCGACAUGGGGGAGAAAAAGAUUUCAGAGGUAACGGUCGAUAUAUUUAUUUUUUUAAAUUGGCUCAUUUGGAUGUUCAUCAAACUCGUAUGACAAAGAAAUGUUACCGAGGCUUGAUGUUUUAUAGCGUGACCAUAAUUUCUAAAUAAUUGAACAAUUAUUAUAAAUAACUAUGAAAAAAAAAAACUGAAAUACAACAAAAUGCACUUAUUUUCUGCAUUUAAAAAUAACUCUGUAAAAUAACACAAACGCAGAUACCGAUGUGUCGGUAAAAGGCUCAUCUCCUUUGAUUCUUAUCGCCCAACCAUUAAAUCGGUCGGACUCUACUUCAAAGCCAACAGCAGCCGGCUCAGUCACGUCUGCCUCUGUUUUCUACCUGCAAAUAUGAAGGAUUUCUGUUUUUGAUGAUUUGAUUUGUGCUGUGUGCACUGACUGAAGAGAGAGGGAGAGCCGCUGUGCACGCCGGCUGUUUCUGCAGUGAUCUUUUACUCUAAUUUCAUUUUUUUUUACUCAGAAGAAGGCGAAAGAGCUUCACACACAAACUCUCCUGCUUUAGUUUUUUUGAUUUUAAAGGUGAAUUCAGUCGCCACAGUUCACAGGAAACACUGAAGAAGAAAAAAUCCCACCUCGCAAAAACAAAAGAAGCCGAAAUAUGAUUUAAUUUAUAAACCACUGCAUUGUUCAGUGAUUGCUCCGGCUACCGAGAUGUGGGAUGUUUCUACAGUGCCAGCUUUGCAGCUAGUUAUUGAUUUUUAUAUGCAAGGUCACUGUCAGAUGGUUUAUUUGAGGGUUCGUAGAGUUUGCAGUGAGUUGAGGUUCACUCUGAUAAUGAAAACGCAGGCGGGUAGUUGUUAUUAUUGCACUUUCAAUUAUCAUGUGGAAGCAGUCUAUUUUCUGGUAGUAGAGUCUGUCCGUGUGUAACGUGACCCAGCAGUGGAAGAGUUUGUGUUUUAAUGGAGUGAACGUGUCACCACCUGUUCCCUUUUUCACGUGAACUAAACUAAAGCUGGACACAAAACAAAACAAGCUCUCGACCCAGCGACUGUAAAUAAGAAUAUGACUGUUUCUCCUCAGUUACAUGUUUUAUAGCUUGUGUUCACAAGUGAUUUAUUUGUGUGUAAGUGACGCUGUUCCCUUUAAAUCUGUCCCUGACUGAAGCGACACCUCUAAAUUUCCUCUGUACGAUGACGUCGCACAAAGAGAUUAAAUCUCUGUUUAUCUGUUCAGAAUUUCUUCCAGUUACUGUUUGAGACAUUUUACUUGAUUUAUACAGUUUGUAUUUGGUUUAUUUCCCUUUUGCCAAAACAGUUUGGAAAUUGAAAAUAAAUGUCACAGUCUCAUCACA